AUGGAUUUAACUCAAUCACAAGAAUAAGACAAAAUAAUACAAUACUAUUUGAAUUAAUAAAUUAAAAAAGUUGCUGAUGAAAAGUCAUAAAUCACACUUCAAUAGGAAUAAGAGAGAAAUAAAAUCAAAUUAUAAGUUUGGGAAUUUCUUAAUUAAUAACAAUCCAUUUAAUAAUCUCGUUUAAAUGCAACUCCUUUAAGUCUUAUUUCUAAUAACUCUGCAUAAUCUGAUCGUUUUGAUAUACAGAUGGAUAGAUCUAAAAUGAAAUAAUAGAGUUCAAAAUUUGAAUAAUCAAUGCAUUUCUAAAAAGAAUACCCUAAUCUUCAAAUCAAUUAUCAUUCCUUUGUUGAUUCAAAAGAUUAACAAUACAAACAACUAGAUUUUCUUAUUGCCCAAUAUGAGGAGAAAACUAAGAAUUAACCUAAGAAUUAUUUCAAAAGACAACAACUUGAAAAUGUUUCUAAUUAGCUGUAAUAGGAUUAGGAUGAUAACGAUGAUUAGUAUAAUUAAGAUUUUGAAUAGGAUGAAGAAAUCUAAGAAGUCAUAGAAGAAGAAUUGCAAGAAUCCUAAAUGUAAAUACAAUCAAAGUCAUAAAAGAUUAAUUAAUAAGAUAACCAGACAGUUUAUAAUAAUUUAAUCAAAUUAAGAAUAGAUAGAUUAGAUACUAGUGUUGCAAAUGCAGACACUUCCAAAAUGAAUGAUUUAAGUAAAAUAUCUGAAUCAUUAAGUGAUUUAAAGGUAAAUCCUAAUGAAGUUAAUAAAAUACUUGAAAUUAGUAGAUAAGUAGAUGCUUCAAAAUAAACUACCUUCAAACUUGAUCAAACUCUUUUGUAAACUAAAUCAAAUGAAGAACCAUUAAUAUAGUCAUAUUAAUAAUCUAUGUCAUCAAAAUUAUUAGAGUUAUCAUAAUAAUAAUCUAAACUCUAUGAAAGAUAGAGAAUAGAUUAUCCUUAGAUGCCUAUUCUUGAUCAAGAAUUCUCUUAUAAACUAGAAGAUCAAUCUCAAGUUAUAAAGUCUUUCUAUCCAAAUAAAUAAGUAGAUUAAGUUUCUAAAUUUGAUUAAUCAAAAAUUUAGUAGUCUAAUUUUGAGCAAUCUAAACUGUAGACUUAAAAGAAUUAAUUAGAUUAAACUUAAAAAAGCAAUGCCACUAAUGAAAUAUAAUCAAAGUAUAACUUUUAAGAACAAUCAUUUAGGUUAUCGGAAUAAUAGAAGAAUGUAGAUUUUCAAGAAAAAUCAAAUAUAUCAAAUUAAUUAUAGUCUAAAAUCUAAGAUUAAAUUCAAAAUUUUUAGUAAUCUCAUCAACCUUCAAAAUACAGUGAACCUACAAAAAGAAUACAAUCUUCAGAAUUUGAAAAACAACAAUAUUAUCAAAAUUAUACAUGUGUUAAUUCUAAUGUAACUAAAUAAGAGUAGCUUACAUCGGCUGUUGAAAAUGAUCAAUAAAAUGAAGAGUAUUAGUAAAGUUUAUAAAAUAAUAAUUAUCUUGAAGAUGAGGAGGAAGCAUUUUCAGAAGAGGAUGAUCAUAAUAAUAAAUUUUAUUAAUUUAGUAUAAAAUUUGAAGAUUAAGAUGAUAGAGAGAAAUAAAAAAAAUUUGAAGCUUUGAAAAAAAAAAAAUUAUAGGAAAUGGAAGAGUUAAAACAACUUCGAUAAUAAAGAAAUAAAGAAUAAUAAUANUACAAUCAAAGUCAUAAAAGAUUAAUUAAUAAGAUAACCAGACAGUUUAUAAUAAUUUAAUCAAAUUAAGAAUAGAUAGAUUAGAUACUAGUGUUGCAAAUGCAGACACUUCCAAAAUGAAUGAUUUAAGUAAAAUAUCUGAAUCAUUAAGUGAUUUAAAGGUAAAUCCUAAUGAAGUUAAUAAAAUACUUGAAAUUAGUAGAUAAGUAGAUGCUUCAAAAUAAACUACCUUCAAACUUGAUCAAACUCUUUUGUAAACUAAAUCAAAUGAAGAACCAUUAAUAUAGUCAUAUUAAUAAUCUAUGUCAUCAAAAUUAUUAGAGUUAUCAUAAUAAUAAUCUAAACUCUAUGAAAGAUAGAGAAUAGAUUAUCCUUAGAUGCCUAUUCUUGAUCAAGAAUUCUCUUAUAAACUAGAAGAUCAAUCUCAAGUUAUAAAGUCUUUCUAUCCAAAUAAAUAAGUAGAUUAAGUUUCUAAAUUUGAUUAAUCAAAAAUUUAGUAGUCUAAUUUUGAGCAAUCUAAACUGUAGACUUAAAAGAAUUAAUUAGAUUAAACUUAAAAAAGCAAUGCCACUAAUGAAAUAUAAUCAAAGUAUAACUUUUAAGAACAAUCAUUUAGGUUAUCGGAAUAAUAGAAGAAUGUAGAUUUUCAAGAAAAAUCAAAUAUAUCAAAUUAAUUAUAGUCUAAAAUCUAAGAUUAAAUUCAAAAUUUUUAGUAAUCUCAUCAACCUUCAAAAUACAGUGAACCUACAAAAAGAAUACAAUCUUCAGAAUUUGAAAAACAACAAUAUUAUCAAAAUUAUACAUGUGUUAAUUCUAAUGUAACUAAAUAAGAGUAGCUUACAUCGGCUGUUGAAAAUGAUCAAUAAAAUGAAGAGUAUUAGUAAAGUUUAUAAAAUAAUAAUUAUCUUGAAGAUGAGGAGGAAGCAUUUUCAGAAGAGGAUGAUCAUAAUAAUAAAUUUUAUUAAUUUAGUAUAAAAUUUGAAGAUUAAGAUGAUAGAGAGAAAUAAAAAAAAUUUGAAGCUUUGAAAAAAAAAAAAUUAUAGGAAAUGGAAGAGUUAAAACAACUUCGAUAAUAAAGAAAUAAAGAAUAAUAAUAGUAGGGUGGUUAAAAUAAUAAAAGAGAUCAAUCUCCUCUUAUGCCUAGUGCUUCAUUAAAAAGAUUAUAAUAAUAAUAAUAAUAAUAAUAAUAAUAAUAAUAAUAAUAAUAAUAUAAUAAUAAUAAUAAUAAUAAUAAUAAUAAUAAUAAUAAUAAUAAUAAUAAUAAUAAUAAUAAUAAUAAUAAUAAUAAUAAUAACAACAAUAAUAAUAAAAUCAAUUUUAUUAACAACAAUAACCAUAAUUUUAAUAAAGAAAUUUCCUUUUAGAUCAUCAACCUUAAUAAAUUCAAACAUCACUUCCAUAAUCAAAACGCAAUGCAUCUGCUAAUAGAAAAUCUCCAAUGUCAAGAUAAAAAGAAUCUGCAAAUUUUUGUUAAGAUAUAGAUAGAUCAAUUUCUGUGGAAAAAAAUAAAAAAAAUAAUAAAACAAUUCUAAAAAAUGCCAUAACAUACGCUUGUAUGGCUGGAGAGCCUAACAAAAAAGAGAGAGAAGCAAUUCUAUAAAAAUUAGAUGGAGCUGAAGCAGAACAUUUUAUAAUUUUAUUCAAAACAUAUGGUAGAUCGGUAAGAAAUAAAAAAUAUUAAGGACUUUCGAGCUUUGUAUGGCUAUGCUGUAGACUCACAACCUUAUUUGAUAUUCGGAUAAGGAAAAUGCCCUCAGGUUUUAACUUCUGAGAUGGUAAAAACAUUUUUCAAAUAUGAUUCUGGAGCUAAAUAGUUUAAAGCAAUAGACGGAAACAAGUAAUUUACUAUUAUGGUUGAUGCUGUUUAAUUAAGAAAAUGA